AUGCAAUGCCGGAAACCUAUCUGGCUCAGCCUCUUUCUGGUAAUCUUGUCUCUUACUGAGGCAGUAGAGGUUUUCACAAAUCAUUUCCAUGUUCAUCUGAAAGAGCCCGGAAUUGAAAAUGCUCAUCGCAUUGCCAAAAGACACGGAUUUGUAAAUAGAGGCUCGGUUCUCGGAAGUGACACGGAAUAUCAUUUCGUUCAACCAGCUCUUUCUCAUGCAAGAACUCGUCGAUCAAUUGGACAUCAUGCUAAACUUCAUAAAGAUGAUGAGGUAAGCCAUGUUGAACAACUGACCGGAUACAAGCGUACCAAAAGAGGAUAUCGGCCAUUAGCUGAAAGACUAACGAGUCAACUUGAUUUUUCAUCAGUUCAAUCACCAACAGACCCAUUAUAUCAAUAUCAAUGGUAUUUGAAGAAUACUGGACAAGCCGGAGGAAAAGCUCGUCUUGAUCUCAAUGUGGAAAAGGCAUGGGCACUCGGCUUUACCGGAAAGAACAUCACCACAGCUAUUAUGGAUGAUGGCGUUGAUUAUAUGCAUCCUGAUUUGCUGAAUAAUUUUAACGCUGAAGCCAGUUACGAUUUUUCAUCAAAUGAUCCGUUCCCGUAUCCCCGUUAUACGGACGAUUGGUUCAAUUCUCAUGGAACUCGAUGUGCCGGAGAAAUUGCCGCUGCCCGCGAUAAUGGCGUAUGUGGUGUUGGAGUUGCUCCAGACAGUAAAGUUGCUGGAAUUAGAAUGCUCGACCAACCAUAUAUGACGGAUUUAAUUGAAGCUAAUUCAAUGGGACAUGAGCCAAAUAAGAUUCACAUUUAUUCCGCUAGUUGGGGACCAACUGACGACGGCAAAACAGUUGAUGGCCCAAGAAACGCCACAAUGAGAGCCAUUGUCAAGGGAGUUAAUGAGGGUCGUGAUGGUCUCGGCUCCAUUUUCGUUUGGGCUUCUGGAGACGGAGGAGAAGAUGAUGACUGCAAUUGCGAUGGCUAUGCAGCUUCUAUGUGGACAAUUUCAAUCAAUUCUGCUAUCAACAACGGAGAGAAUGCUCACUAUGACGAGUCAUGCUCUUCAACAUUAGCUUCCACUUUCUCCAAUGGAGGACGAAACCCAGAAACUGGUGUAGCUACCACUGAUCUUUACGGAAGAUGCACUCGUUCUCAUUCGGGAACAUCAGCUGCGGCUCCAGAAGCUGCUGGUGUCUUUGCGUUGGCAUUGGAAGCUAAUCCUAAGCUUACAUGGAGAGAUCUCCAGCAUUUGACUGUCUUGACUUCUACUAGAAACUCACUCUUCGAUGGCCGUUGUCGUGACCUCCCCGAGCUCCAACUUAAGGGACAUGACAACCACGUCCAUUCAACUGGAAACUGUUCUCAUUUCGAAUGGCAAAUGAAUGGAGUUGGAUUAGAGUACAACCAUCUGUUUGGUUUCGGUGUUCUUGAUGCCGCUGAAAUGGUUAUGCUCUCUAUGGUCUGGAAGACAUCUCCACCUCGUUACCACUGUACCGCUGGAACCAUCGAUAUUCCACAUGAGAUUCCCGCUGACGGUAAUAUAGUUUUGGAACUCGAUACAGAUGGAUGCGCAGGUUCUGCUACUGAGGUACGGUAUUUGGAGCACGCUCAAGCCGUAAUCUCGUUCAAUUCCACUCGUCGUGGUGACACAACCCUUUAUUUGAUAUCACCCAUGGGAACCAGAACUAUGAUUCUUUCUCGUCGUCCAAAAGACGAUGAUGCCAAGGACGGCUUUACUAACUGGCCAUUCAUGACUACCCACACAUGGGGUGAAAACCCACGUGGAAAAUGGAGACUUAUUGCUCGUUUCCAGGGACCUGGAGAUCACAGAGGUACUCUCAAGAAAUUCACUCUGAUGCUUCAUGGAACUAAAGAACCUCCUUAUGCUGGCAUUGAACCCCUUAUGGGGCAUGUGAACUCGAAGCUUCAAGUCGUCCAGACGGCUCACAAGCGAAUGACCCACUAA